GAUCGAGUUUCGAAGAGGAAGCAUUAAUAUGGAGUAACGCGAUCAUAUGAGUUUGUAGUGUGCUUGAAGUUGCUAGUUCAUGACAGAGUGAUUGUGUGACCUCUUUAAAUAAAAUGUCUGUAAUAUUAAAAGGAUUGUGGAACGGCUAUGGAUAUUUAUUCGAAGAUGCUAUCGAUCCUCGUUCGAAGAAUUGGUUCCUAGUGAGCGGACCAAUAACUUUCUGGGCUAUUAUUGGCUUUUACAACUAUUUCUGUUUAGUGCUGGGGCCAUCGUUAAUGAAAAACAGAGAGCCUUUUCAAUUAAAAAAUGUUAUCAAACUUUAUAAUUUAUUUCAAAUAUGCUUAAGCAUGUAUAUAUUUUACGAGGGAACAAUUUUGAUAGUGAAAAAUAAUUUUAGUUUUUAUUGUCAAGCAGUCAGCAAUUCCACAGAUCCAAAUACUGUCCGGUUAGUGGCAGCAGUUUGGGUGUACUAUAUGGCGAAGUUGACGGAACUCCUCGACACUGUGUUCUUCGUAUUAAAAAAGUCCGACAGGCAAAUUUCAUUUUUACACCUGUACCACCACUCCGCAAUGGCUCUUGCUGGUUGGAUAGCUAUUAAAUAUUUUCCAGGAGGUCAGGCCGCAUACAUUGGAUGGAUAAAUUCAUUGAUACAUGUAUUUAUGUAUACAUAUUACUUUCUGGCCAGUUUCGGGCCGAGAUUUAGAAAAUAUUUAUGGUGGAAGAGAUACCUAACUGUUAUGCAAAUUGUGCAAUUCGGACUUAUAAGUAUACAAGCUGCAGUCAGUCUGUUCUAUGACUGUGGUUUUCCAGUCGUCCUUAAAAUGCUUACCCUCGCAGGGACCAUCACCUUCACGUGGAUGUUCAGUAGCUUCUAUUAUUAUAACUAUAUUAAAGUCAAUAAAACAUCUCUAUCAAGCCCUGAAGCCCCAUCGCCUACAGCUAACGGAGAAUUAUCUGAUAAAAAAGAUUCAUAAUUCUUAAUUGAGAAAAGAUACAAUGACACUGUAUUUAGACUGUGCGGUAUAAAAAUAAUUUCUCUCGAAUAUUAUUAUAGUUUUUGUGUAUUUGUAGCGCUAAUAAUAUUUAUUAAAUUAGAUAUAAUCUAGUCGAUGUAUUUAACAUUUUAAAUUGAUAGCUGCCGACUCUACCAGUUACAUAUUCAUCAUCAACUUACUACAUAUAUGUCCCUGCUGAGGGGUUCGGAGUCUACCCUAAAUUAGGGGUGACCUGUUAAAUAGGCAACAAAUGUUUAACAUUAUUUUGACUUUAAUUGAUUGAAAACUAACUUCUUUGAAAUUGUAUGAUUAUUGUUUAAUAAUUUGGUUAAAAAUAAAACAAAAAUAUAUAAAACUGUCAUAUAAAAAUACUGAACAUGAGAAUAAACAGAUAUAUUGUGAAAUGAACAUGACAUUUUCAUGUAAUAUUGAAUUUUAAUUAAAUGCGAUGAAAUCCUUAAACAUUCUCGUUUACUUCUGCAUCAGCGCAGCUAAGCUGCCUUCCUGGUGAGCCGCCAACCGUGCCCAUUAAGAAGACUGUUGGUUUAACAUAAAGAAUUCUUUAGAACCCAUGUUUUUCUGGCCAGGCUAUAA